UUUAAUACGUCCAGGAGCCCGUGUGGAUUUUCAUUGCCAACUUCGCUUGUUUCACUUGCCCUGUCGUCAUGUUUGCACUACCUUCAUACCCUGUGCCGUGUUGUUGCGUUAUCUAUUCAGAUGUUUUCCUAAUAGUUGCUUUCUCUGCCUUUCCUUCCUAUGAGAGGGGAGGCUUCGAUUGUCUGUCCGUUCUUCUCCAUUCUUGUGUGCGUGCUACUGUCUACAUGUGGGAAAUUGCCGAUCGUUUCGCUUGAUCAAACCUUUCAGCCCUUCGUUUGACCCCCUCAAUCACGCAGGAUGGGAGAAGGAUGCGUUGGCCGAGACCAGAAAGCCAGAAAUCCCGGAAAUCCCGGAGGGAUAUUCUUUGUACUGGAUCUUGUUUGAGCUACCGACCACCCUCCCGUGUUGUGAUACAUUGUUUGCAGCCUUCAUCUGGACAACAGCUAAUCAUUGUGCGGGGCGUUUACCUGGGUACCUAUACACUUGAGAUACAUUUCUGGGACGUCAUCUAUCUGUCUUACUCUGAUCAUUGGGCAAGGGGUGUAUCCCAAGGCAUGUGUUGGCUGCUGCUGGCCGCCUGGGAUUGUAGCGCAUUGUUCCGUCCCUUAUUCGCAUCGUGUUUUGCAGCGUUGUUGCUCUUCCGUCAUUGCUUGGGUUACAUGGGAGUCAUGGAGGCUAUUACUACCCUAUUUAUUUCUUCGUCACCUUUGCUAGUCUUGAUUUUUCUAUUUGUCCCUUUGCCGGGGGGGAUCUGUUGAUGAGCGGGAAUUUACCCUGGAAAAGAGGCGUGUUGAAUUUGCUUCCCUUCUUUUAACUUCGCGGGAAAUUGCUCUACAUGUACCAGCUUCAACAAUGGAAUUGCACCGGUCAUUCACUUAAGAACA